AUGGGAAAAAUAAUAGGUAUCGACUUAGGAACAACAAAUAGUUGUGUAGCAGUUAUAGAGGGUGGUGACCCAAUUGUUAUACAAAACUCAGAAGGGCAGAGGACCACACCUUCCAUUGUAGGAUUUAUUAAAAAAGGUGAAGCAACCGAGAGGGUGGUAGGUCAAUCAGCUAAAAAUCAGAUGAUUACCAAUGCGGACAAAACCAUAUACUCUAUUAAACGUUUUAUGGGAAGAUCGUAUGAUGAGGUAUCAGAAGAAAUGAAACGUAUCGCGUACAAAGUAGAAAAAGAUGCUUCCAAGCUAAUAAUUCAAUGUGAUGAGAACAAGUAUACUCCACCAGAAAUUUCAUCUGCUAUAUUACAGAAAAUGAAAAAAACUGCAGAAGAUUACUUAGGCGAAACUGUAACAGAAGCUGUUAUUACUGUACCUGCGUAUUUUAAUGAUGCACAACGCCAGGCCACAAAAGAUGCAGGUAAAAUUGCGGGUCUAGAGGUAAAGCGUAUAGUAAACGAGCCGACUGCAGCGGCAUUAGCAUACGGAUUAGACAAGAAAACAAAAGAAGAAAAGAUCGCUGUGUAUGACUUAGGUGGUGGCACCUUUGAUAUUUCUAUACUAGAGCUAGGCGAUGGUGUAUUUGAAGUACGCUCCACUAAUGGUGAUACACACUUAGGUGGGGAUAAUUUUGAUGAUGCUGUAGUCUCCUGGCUUAUAAGUGAAUUUAAAUCUCAAUCAGGUGUUGAUCUUGGCAAUGAUAAGAUGGCCUUGCAAAGGCUAAGAGAAGCAGCAGAGAAAGCAAAAAAAGAAUUAUCAAGUACCCAAUCGGCAGAUAUUAACCUCCCCUUUAUUACAGCCGAUGCAACUGGUCCAAAGCAUAUGCAAAUCACCCUUACAAGAGCAAAAUUUGAGCAACUUAUUUCUGAAUUGGUAGAACGAACGAAAGAGCCUUGUAAAAAAGCCCUGAAGGAUUCGGAGCUUAAUGCUAGUGAUAUAGAUGAGGUAAUACUGGUAGGCGGUUCAACACGUAUUCCUCUUGUUCAAAAAGUUGUGGAAGAACUUUUUCAGAAAAAACCUAAUAAAAGCGUAAAUCCAGAUGAAGUAGUGGCAAUGGGAGCCGCUAUACAAGGAGGAAUACUAGCUGGCGAUGUAAAAGAUAUUUUACUUUUGGAUGUUACUCCACUUUCCCUAGGAAUUGAAACAUUAGGAGGCGCUUUUACACGACUUAUAGAAAGAAACACAACAAUACCCACAAAAAAAUCACAAAUAUUUUCUACUGCUGCAGACAACCAAACAGCAGUAACCGUACAUGUUCUUCAAGGAGAACGCCAGCUUGCCACCCAUAAUAGGACCUUAGGUCGUUUUGAAUUACUUGGUAUACCAUCUGCCCCAAGGGGUGUACCUCAGAUCGAAGUAACAUUUGAUAUAGAUGCAAACGGGAUAGUACAUGUAUCUGCAAAAGACCUUGGAACAGGCAAAGAGCAGAAAAUUAGAAUUGAGACCUCUUCUGGGUUAUCAGAAGAAGAAAUUGAAAAAAUGGUAAAAGAUGCUGAAGCACAUGCUGAGGAAGAUAAAAAACAAAAAGAAAGCAUAGAAGUUUUUAAUGUUGCAGAACAGCUAGUGUACACAACAGAGAAAACACUCAAAGAACAUGGUGAAAAAAUCUCAUCAGAAGAAAAACAGAGUAUAGAAAGCGCUCUUGCAGACCUUAAGAAAGAACUAGAAGCGAAAAGCGAUGUUGAUACUAUAAAGCAGAAAACAGAAGAACUUACAAAGGUGUCUCAUGUACUAGCAGAGAAAAUGUACCAAGACACUCAAGCAAAUAAUCAGACUAACUCUACUACUAGCAAUACUACUACUACUACACCAGAGGGCGACAAAAAAGAUGGCGGAAACAGCACGGAUUAUGAAGUAGUAGAUGAAGAUAGUAAGUAA